AUGGAAAGCUGCAGCUGGGAGAGAAUCCCCUCCGGCCGCGCGCGCAAGCCUGCGAAGCUCAGGGAGGUCAAGCGUGUCGAGGAUACAACAGAGGUGGCCAUUGUUGUUGCACUGUGUCCACUCCGGCGGAGUGCAAAGGCAUUUGCAGCCCGUGGCGCGAAUAGCUCUGUAAGCACUGUUCUUCUUUCCUCGUUCAAACGUGCUGGCUGGCCUCUGCUGAUGCUGGGGAAAAGGGUGAGGAGGAGCGAAGAGGAAGAGAGAAGGGAGGGGUGA